GGCUUUUAAAUAAAAAAAUAUGGCGGAGAUUUGACUUUUUAAUAACAGUAAAUAUUAUAAUUGAUCGUUGAAUCAAUUAAUACGAACAAUUGUAUAUAUUAGAUAUUAAUUUACAAUGUACACAAUGAUAAGUCGCAAAAACAGUCAGUGCUUCGUUGUAAGAAAUUUCCAAAUAUAGCUCAAUAAGUGAUGGCUGUCAAAUCACAGAUGUAAUUGUCUUCAUUACUUACUACAUAAUUUUGGACCAAAAGCUUUACCAAAAUUAUCAAUCAUGUUGUAUGUUUUCCAUGUUGACGCUGGUUUAAUGACCACAUAUGAUAUGAAUCUCACAUUACAAAGUGUGGCAAGUCUAAAAGCUGCUAUUGAAAGGAAAACAAAAAUACCAGCUCAAUCUCUUGUGCUGCUUGUUAGCGGUGGGGAAGUUUUGCAGUUAGAUCAUAUGGUAUCAUCAUAUAGUGCAGGGACAGAUACAAACCCUAUUUAUAUGUUUAGUAAGCCUUCAGUAAAGGAGAGUCAUAUUAAGCAAUCCAUGGUUGGUGAUCUAAGUCCUAUAGUUGAGUUGGGCUCGGGUGAAUUCCGUAGUGAAUCAAGUGCCUAUGACGGAAAAUCAGUUGGUGAAUUAAGGAAUGAGGUGGAAGUAUGUUGUUCACUUCAGCCAAAUGUUAGCACAGUAUCACGGUGUGCUUCGUUAGCAAAAGAGUUUAGUGAAUUGGCUCAUGAAGGCUCCAGGAAUUGUGAACAAUUAGUACAUGAACAGCAUUUGCAACAUCAGGGUUGGGCAGCUGUAGUAGCAAAUUUAGAAGAUAUUUUUAAUGAAUUCUGUGAACGUUCUCGCAGUUUUAAGGAGUCAUUUAAGAAACAUCGUAUUAAAAAAGAAGAAUACCAUGAAAUGUUAAACACGCUGAAUGAAGUACUGGAAUCUCUGGGCAAGAUUCCAAUUCUCACGCCGCUUCAAUUGCACGCUGAGACGCAUCGUUUCUCGGCAUUUGACGUUUUCGAAGAAACAGACUUUGAGGCUCAUCAUUAUGGAAGUCAGCCGCGAUCAGACACAAGUUCUGAAAAUAGAAUCCCCCAAGAUUUUGGUGUUGGAGUGUUUAAGCUAUCUGAUGAAGAUGUUUUCGAACAAAAGAAUGCAUCUACAAGUAAUGUGGAAGCAAGCGUGCAGAUUGAGGAGUCAGACGAAGCGGUCUUCAAGGCUCCCUCUAUUGAGAGCAAGGAGGAACCGACCUUGCUGCAUUGGAUUCUGGCACAGGGGAAUAAAGCGUCGCUCCAGGAUAUCUUGGACUAUUGUCAAAAAGCGCUGGCGCUGAUAGACGCAGAGCCCCUAAAAGAAAGCGAAGCACAGUUGUGCCAUAUUCUUGAAUACGCAAAUUUGCAUGGUCUGAAACAAAUUAAGGGCAUCGAGGAUCGCUUAUAUGGCCUUGAUCAGCUUUUGAAUGACGUCAAGAAGUUGGAGAAGGACCAGAGAGAUCAGGCAGCUUCUAUUAUACAAUGUCGCGAUCGUCUCAACUCUGCAUGCGACCCAACAGUUCUGCAAACAUUAGUGCAAUCACAUUGCUGCCAACUUGAGAAGCUCCUAGUGGGACACGAAAAGAUUGUCGAUAUCAAACGGAGGAUAGCCAAGUCCAAAGAGGAAUUGUCACAAGUGCUUAAAGCGCGUUUAGAGGCUGUUCUCCGUAUCGAGAACUCGAUGUCCGUACAAGAUGCGCACGCGAUGCUGUCCUUUCAAUGCCUUAGCCGUUUGUCCCGUUACUUCGGGAUUGUUUGGCAAUUGCAUCAAGCGCCCGAAGUUUUUGUUCGUGCAGUACACGAAGUGUCGAGGAGGAGAUGUUUUUCUGAUGCGCAUAUGAAGUGGGCUACAGAUCUAGCUGAGAAACUACUAAGAAUUCACGAAGAAGAAGUGAAUCGUCGCCAAGAGUUCAGCUCCAUAUUCGAGGGUCACUUCUUAAAGAGCCUGUUCCCUGGUAUCACGGAUAUGCCGCCGACCUUUGCCACUCAGGCGCCGCCACCCUUUGAUGGAAAAUUGCCGAAGUUGACCAAUGAAGAUGUGGAAUUCGUGACUCAGACCUUCCCAGCGCUUGCCAAGGAUGUGCCGAAGUACGAUAUGCAGGCAACUGUGAAGUUUUUCCAACAGAGAUUGUCAGCAUCGGAAGAAAAAACCAUUGACACACAGGUUGAUAUCGAAAAGGGUUCCGAUUCGGACACGUUCGAGAAACUUCAGAGCGGCUCAAAGAAGAUAGACAUAUCAACGACCUGCACCCCGGAUACCGUGGCCGUGUCGACCGUGACCGAGGACAACAUGGACACACAUAAAAUUAACAUAGAAAAACUACAAGAUUUCCUAACAAAACUUUGCACUUUAUGUAAAGUGAACGUGGUUUUAAUAAAAGAAGAAUUGGCCAAACUCAAAUGUGAUAUGGAAGAACAAAAACGGUUUAUGGGAGAGAAGUAUUCGGAAAUUGUUGAAAAUUGGAGCAAGAGUAACGAAGGAAUGGAAAUAAGGUUUCGAGAAGAGAAGCAAAGGUUAAUGGUGGAUCAUGAAUUAGAACUAAGCGAUAUGAAGGCAAUCCUCUCAGAAAAAGACAGAAUAAUCGAGAGUUUAAAACGGGAAAAGGAAGAACUGACGAUUAAACAUCAGCAGGAAACAGAAAGACUAGAAGAAGAACAUAAAAGCACGAAGGAGAUGCUCGAACAGACGUGGGAGGAAGUUAAAGCGUUUGAAAGGAAACUCGAAGAGUCUGAUAUUAUAAAGGCAAAGGAAAUCAAGGAAGUGCAAGAGAAGAUGCAUCUCGAGUACAAAGCGGAGAUUGAGUCAAUGCGAUCAAGGUUCCGCCUUGUUGCCCUUACAAAUAACAUGGACCGUUCGCCGUCAGAGUCGAGCCUUGAGAAGAUAGAGAGAACAGAUGUUAUAGAGAUAGGCCAUCACAACUUGAUAGUAAUGCAGACGAAAGAGAAUGCAGAAGUUGAGAAGGAGCAAGCAGUAAGAGAAGCAGAGGAGAGAUGUAGAACAGAGUCCGAACAGAAGAUGAACGCGGAAAUUUCUCUCCUAAAAGCGAAGUAUGAGGCUGAAAAGCAGGUUACAAUAAACGACGUGACGCGUCGUCUCCUCUCAGAGAAGGAUCGCCAGUUGGAGCUCCUACGGGAAAGAGAGCAGACGCUGACUCGGGAAUGCUCAAAGUAUCGAGACACUAUACAACAACUAACGGACCCUGAGACCAAUGAUUAUGAUAGCCUGCUUAAAACUCAGUUUGCAACUCUCGAAAAUGAGAAGGCGUUGCUACAGCAACAAGUAGCGGAUCUCAAGAAAGAGCUAGAGAAGAGAACAGACGACAGCGAGAAGAGUAGAGAAGAUGACAGCGAAGGCAGGUCGUCACCGAAGAAGGAAGAAGGGAAGAGGAGUCGCACCAAAUGCCACACUCCUUUGGGACUAUCUGCGGGUGCCCUAAGUCUGUCUUCGUGUCUGCCCGGACAUACAGUGCUAUUGCUGUGGGAUCCUGCACAUCUUAAUUAUACCGUACUACAGGAAGCAUCGAUAAUGUACUUCGUGCACAGUGAUUGCUUGCCGGCUCUGGACCUCAGUAUACACGUGAAGAAUGAGAGUGAGAGACGACUCUAUGCUGUGGCCAAUGUUGAGUCCAAGGAGUAUUGUUAUGCAAAAAAGAGUGGUAACCGUUACCAAAUGCCCCGUGGAUCUCGCUUUUACCGAGUCCGAGUGAAGCCGGUUAAACCUCAUCCGCCACACCCACAAUGCUGCGAUCAUAGACACAAGCAAGAUGCACUGAAAGACAGCGUCCUGUCUGCACUCGACGCAAGGCCGCUCAAGAAGUGGCUCACCUUCAUGCAUGCACCAGGUCAUUCGCAGAAGUCAGUGGACACAAGCCAAUCGACCAGUUCAGCGACCGACGAGGCUAGUAAAGUGGAGGUAGCGACUGCUACACUCAUUAACCUGGAGUCACCCGUGUCUUGUAGUGAUGCUGCGUUGGUGCCGCCACAAUCGGACUUAGAUCAGCUCGAUUCUAUAGAGUCCAGCGAACAAUGGCAGUCUACUAAGAUGCAAGCUUCUACCGCUAGUGUAUUAACGGAUAUGGAAUGCAGUGUAGGAAGAUGUGCCGGUCCGGAGCCAUUGGAAUUGACCGUGAGCUCAGUGGCCGUAGUGGCGCGUGGUUCCGUGCCACCAGAAUCAGAACUGGCCGAAGAAGCGACCCCCUGACGUCCAACCACGCUACCCUUACGGCAUUCGCACACUAACUAACGUAUAUGUUUGUACGUAUACGUUUUGCAUGUAUACUGAGUAUGAGUUUGUGCGUAUACCUUUUACCAAUAACUUUUGUGGACGCAGUUUGGUAUACGUUGCAUUGACGUAUACGUUCGUGCGAAUGCGGUAUCGAUUUCGAAUCUGGCUAAAAGUCAAAUUUCUGCCCAAAUGCGAAUAAAUGGUCUUAAACACUGUCAAACUUUAGAAUUUAGUAAAGAGUUCAAGCAGCAGGACAGCUGCGAGGACUAUUUACUGUUUUGUUGGUAUAAUUUGGUCUUUAUGUAUUCAGAAAUAGGAAUUAUAAUUGACUGAAUUGUUACGUACAAACGAGACAAAUCAACGCAUUAUUUAAAAGGAGUUGGUAUAUACGAAUAGAUGAAGGUUGGAAUUGGAUCUGGAACUAAAACUAUGUUAUUUCAAACUCAAACUCAAAAUAUCUUUAUUCAAGUGGGUAACCAAGUACACUUUUGAAUCGUCAAGUUAAAUUAAUCGUAAAUUUACAUUUACUACCAGUUCGCAAGUCAAGGGCGUAGAGCGGGUAAGAAGAACUGGCAAGAAACUUUCCGCCACUCUUUUUAAUCUAUUCCGUGGUCUAACAACAGAAGGAUAAUAUAUUGAUCAUUUUUAUAUUGUUAUAGAAGUUAUACAUUUGCGUAGCACGAACAUUACGAUAUUUUUAAUUAUAUCAAUUUAGGUUUAAUAGAAAUAAUAAAUAAUUUUUUUGUGAAUUUUUGACUGGCGGCGAUUUUCCAUACAAAAAUUUAUUGUUAAUUUGAUGUUAACGUAUUGCUCGUAAUAACUACAACGUGAUUCAAAUGUGUUAGAAAUAGCCGAUUUGAGAUUCUUCAGGAUUUCGAUCUGCAUAUAUAUUUUUUAAAUAUUAUUUUACCGUCAAAAUUAACACUUGGCAUACUACGGGUAUGUGUAUACAAAAAAAAAACAUAAAAUUGGCAAUAUUCCACCUAAUUCGUCUUCCAUUGAAACAAAAAUAUCAUUUCUGAAUUAUUAAAAUUCACAAUUUUUGCUCGUUAUGAGCAUGUACUUAGUUGAUUUGAAUCUUUAAAAUAUUAUAUACAUUUAAUUUCUAUUUAUCUUAAAAUCGUAGAUUCGAAUUGUUUUCGUGAUCUUUUUGAAUAGUACAAAUUAUUUUAGUUGAUGUUUUUUUAAUUAUAUAUUUGUGGUAAAAAAAAAAAUAUCUUUAUCAUUAUUUUCACAUUAAAACGGCACAAAAUGAAUUAUUUUUUGUUUGAUUUUAUUUAGGUAAACGUAGCUGUGUAUCUUUAUAGAAAUCUAGGUAUCUUCACUUUUAAGAUUUGUCCUACUUUAAGUCUACUGAAACCUAAGUCAUAGUUUAAGGACCUCGUGUCCAGUCUACACUCUUUAAGCGUUAGGUUCAUUAUCCACGAAGACUUAGCGUAGAAAUUACGUAUACGUCUAAAAUUUUAAAUACUAAAAGCUGUUAAGUCUCAGCUCGUGUACGUAACGGCGCGCAGCAGAGACGUAAAAUGACGUAUACGUACGUCUAAGUCUUCGUCGGAUCUUAAUAAAACGCUUACGUGAUCUCGCUUCAACUUGAACUCUUUGAAACUAGUUCUAUUCUAGACGUAGUUUAAUUUAAUGUAACGAUUUCACAGAUCUAGGCUGGUGGGUACAUGCUAUUUUGGUCGUCACAGCGACUAAGCUUCCAUUAUUUUGUGAUAUUAAGCAUGUAUGAACUAGCUAUUAGUAUAAGAUCCCGAUAUACAACGACCUUCACCGAGAUGCUUAUUUAAUGAAACGUAUUUUAUAUUUAAUUUAAUAUAUCAAUAAAUAUAAUCCAUAUGGGUUGCCUAGCAAAUU